AUGGUCCUCAUGGCCUGCGCGUCGUCGCUUAUCUCGCUUGUGACGUUCUCCGUCUCCUACCUGAACUCGCACUGCGCGGUUUGCCCUAGCCACGUCCACUACGUCGACUGGGCGGGUGACGCGGGCGCCGCGGGCGCCGCGGGCGCCGCUGGCGCCGCUUGCGCGCUUGCGCCCGUGGCGCCGUGGGUGCCGCUGGUGCCGCUGACGCCGCUCGUGCCGCUGGCGCCGCUCCCGCGGCGGGCGGCGCGGGCGCCGCUGGCGCCGCCGGCGCUGCUGGCGGCCCUUGCGCCGUGGACGCCGUCGGCGCCGCUGGCGCAGCCCGCGCGCCCCGCGCUGCUGCCGCGGGCGCCGCCCGCGCCUCUGGCACCGCGCCGCCGUCGCACCGCCGCCACCAGCGUGGAGUUGCGCUUCUUUAUGGCGGAGUUCUUCUAUGCGUCUGGCAUCCGCCUCCGUGGGCUCCACCAAGGCAGCCUGCUGGCCAUCCAACUGCUCAGGCGCACGGUGCCAAAGGACUCGGAGAGUGCACUCUUCCCGUUCCUCUGGAGCUGA